AUGUUUGGGCACUCGACUUCCUUCUGUCUUUUGGCUUUAUUUGUGCUCUCGAUGACAGUAAAUUGUAAAGAUCCUUGGUAUGACUGGAAGGUAGGCAAAGGCUUGAAUGGACGAUCAUCGUUUAUGGGAUACCAAUUUGACUCGCCACUCGAACGCAACGCUAUUAAGGGAUAUCGAUAUCUUAGUACUCGUGGUAGAGUCACAGAUUGCAAUAGCAACUGUAGAUACUAUUAUAACGCGAACUCAGGAUAUUGUGCUCCUUCACGAUCCAAUGAUUGCUCUACCUACUGCGGUUGUGGUUUUGUCUGUAGAUGUAGAUAG